GCUUAAUAACAGAGGGACUACGAUCUGAGAGUAUUGAUAAAUGAGCUCAUCAUUAAUACGGCCGAUACGGUGCGACAACGCUACUUUCUAGAAAAGUUCGUCACAAUGGAUAAACCAGUCCUAUUCGUCGGACCAACAGGGACUGGAAAAUCAGCCAUUACAAAUGACUUCUUGACCAGUCUGUCGAAGGACAAGUACAUCAUUAAUAAUUUGAACUUCUCAGCUAGGACCACUUCUAACCAGACUCAGGAUAUCAUAUUUGCCAAAUUAGACAGACGGAAGAAAGGCAUCUAUGGUCCUUCAACUGGCAAGAAGCUGUGUGUGUUUGUUGAUGACCUGAACAUGCCAGCCAAGGAGAAAUAUGGAGCCCAGCCACCCAUAGAAGUCCUAAGGCAAUGGAUAGACCAUGGAUACUGGUUUGACAGGAAAGAUACCAGUAUUUUGACAUUGGUUGAUAUCAUAAUGGUUGCUGCUAUGGGCCCUCCAGGAGGAGGUCGUAAUGAGAUCACGCCAAGAUUUCUCCGCCAUUUCAACAUGAUCGCCAUUGAAUCAUUUGAUGAGGAAACAAUGAAAUAUAUUUUCUCUACCAUCACAGACUGGCACUUCACACGAGGUUUUGAUGCUGCUUUGAGAAAAUAUGCUCGGAUUAUCGUCGUGGCAACAAUGGAGAUUUACCAGAAUGCAAUAACUGACUUCCUGCCAACUCCAUCGAAAUCUCACUAUCUAUUCAACAUGCGUGACUUCUCAAGAGUAAUACAGGGCAUCCUGCUAAUGAAACCUGAAGUGACACCGGAAGGCCAGGAGGGGGGUCAAAAGGUUAUGCGAUUAUGGGUACAUGAGAUAUACAGGGUCUUCUAUGACAGACUCGUUGAUGAACCUGAUAGAGAAACCUUCUUUAAUAUGGUCAAGACUGCUUUGGAGGUGAAUUUUAAGGAGAAGCCCAACAACUUAUUUGCUCACUUGCGAAAGGGUGAUGACAUGGUGUGCGAUGAUGACAUCAGGAGCCUCAUGUUUGGUGACUACAUGUCAAACAAAGAUGAAGAGAAAAACUAUGAUGAAAUUACAGAUCUUGAUGCUCUAAGAGAGGUAAUAGAAGGUCAGUUAGAUGAAUUCAACCUGAUGAGCAAGGCACCAAUGGAUCUUGUAAUGUUCAGGUUUGCUAUAGAGCACAUCUCUAGGAUCAGCCGUGUCUUGAAGCAGCCCAAUGGACAUUGUCUCCUUGUGGGUAUAGGGGGCUCUGGUCGCCAGAGUGCCACAAAAUUAGCAGGGUUUAUGUCAGAUUUUGAACUUUUCCAAAUUGAAAUCUCGAAGAAUUACAACCAGAACGAGUGGCGUGAUGACAUUAAGAGAAUGAUGCGUAAAGCUGGAGAGGAGGGAAUCUCAACUGUAUUCCUUUUUGGAGAUCAUCAGAUAAAGGAGGAGUCAUUUCUAGAGGAUGUUAAUAUGAUCUUGAAUACAGCUGAUAUUCCCAAUUUGUAUGAGAAUGAGGAGAGGCUAGAGAUCAUUGAAAAAAUGCAAACCCUUGCUCAGCUGGAGAAUGCCCAAGUGGAGAUAACACCACUCAACAUGUACAACAAGUUUAUUGAGAGAAUACGUCGCCAUCUUCAUGUUGUCUUAGCAUUCAGUCCAAUAGGUGACGCUUUCCGUAAUAGAAUGAGAAUGUUCCCAAGUUUAAUCAAUUGUUGCACGAUUGAUUGGUUCAAGCCUUGGCCAGUAGAUGCCCUAGAAUUGGUGGCCUUCAAAUACCUCGAUGAUGUUGAAAUGUCUCAGAAUGUACGAGAGGAGACAGUCGUUAUGUGUAAACAUUUUCAUCAGAGUGUUCGAGCUCUGUCUUUAAAGUAUUUUGAAACAAUGCGUCGCCAGAACUAUGUAACACCUACCUCAUACUUAGAGCUUAUAAAGACAUUUAAGAAUUUACUGAAUAAGAAACGUUUAGAGUUACUGACCCUGAAAGACAGAUAUGUGGUUGGUUUGGAGAAGUUGGAAUUCUCAGAAAGUCAAGUAGCUGUUAUGCAAAAGGAACUUCAGGAUCUGCAACCCAUGUUGAUACAAACCAGUAAGGAAACAGAAGAGCUUAUUACAGUUAUUGAGAAGGAGACAAUUGAUGCUGAAGAAGUUAAGAAGGUUGUUCAAGCAGAGGAGGCUAUUGCAAAUAAGGCAGCUAGUGCUUCAAAAGAAAUUAAGGAAGAGUGUGAGGAGAAACUUGCUGAGGCAAUGCCUGCAAUGAAUGCUGCUAUAUCUGCUCUAAAUACACUUAAACAGAAUGAUAUUAGUUUGGUUAAGUCUAUGGCUAACCCACCAGCUGGUGUUAAACUGGUCAUGGAGGCUGUCUGUAUUAUGAAGGGAGUUAAACCUGAGAAGAAAACGGAUGAAAAUGGCAAAUCAAAAGAAGAUUACUGGCCGAAUGCAAAGAAAAUGCUUGGAGACCUGAAAUUCUUAGAAUCUCUCAAAGAGUAUGACAAAGACAAUAUACCAGUGGCUAUAAUGACAAAAAUUCGCAAAACGUAUAUCAGUAAUCCAGAUUUUGACCCUAGUUUGAUCAAGAAUGUUUCAUCCGCCUGUGAAGGGUUGUGUAAGUGGGUACGGGCCCUUGAUGUCUAUGACAAGGUAGCCAAGGUUGUAGCCCCUAAGAAGUUGAGCCUGGAGAAGGCUCAGAGUGAGCUAGAUGGUCUAAUGACCCAACUUAGGAUCAAGCAAGCUGAAUUGAAGAAGGUCACUGAUAAACUGGCAGCACUGAAUGAGAAUUUGGAUGACAAACAGACAGAGAAAAAGAAUCUUGUGGAUAAUAUAGAACUAACAAAGCUGAAGAUAGAGAGAGCCAAUAAACUGAUCAGUGGUCUUGGGGGAGAGAAGGAUCGCUGGAAUAAAAAUGUUGCCAACUUGUCAGACACAUAUAACAAUAUUGUGGGUGAUGUUUUACUGUCUGCUAGUGUUGUGGCAUACCUAGGCCCCUUUGAGUUGUCAUAUAGAACAGAAUGCGUGACAGAGUGGUAUUCAAUGUGUAAGGACAAGGGAAUCCCCCUCAACGAUCAGUUCUCUCUGUCAAAUACUCUAGGAGAACCUGUCAAGAUCCGUGACUGGCAGAUAGCAGGAUUGCCUGUUGAUAAUUUCUCUACAGACAACGCCAUCAUUGUGUACAGUGCAAACAGGUGGCCUCUGAUGAUUGACCCCCAGGGCCAAGCCAACAAGUGGGUUAAAAACAUGGAGAAGAGCAAUAAGCUGGAAGUGAUUAAGUUAUCUGAUCCAAACUACAUCAGAAUAUUAGAGAACUGUAUACAGUUUGGUAACCCAUGUUUACUGGAAGGCAUAGGAGAAGAACUUGAUGCUAUUUUAGAGCCUGUUCUACUGAGACAGACUUUUAAACAGAACUCUGUGGAUUAUAUCCGACUCGGAGACCAUGUUAUUGAAUAUAGUAAGGACUUCAAGUUCUACAUCACCACAAGUCUGAGAAAUCCUCACUACCUUCCUGAAGUCUCAGUUAAGGUGACCCUACUAAACUUUAUGAUCACUCCCCAAGGUCUAGAUGACCAACUUCUUGGUAUUGUUGCUGCAAAAGAAAAGCCAGAACUAGAGGAGAAGAAAAACAAACUUAUUCUAGAUGGCGCUAACAACAGACGUCAACUGAAGCAGAUCGAGGAUAAGAUUCUGGAGGUCUUAUCAUCAUCUGAGGGUAACAUUCUUGAGGAUGAAACAGCCAUUGAGGUCCUCUCCUCUAGUAAGGUGCUAUCAGAAGAGAUCUCGGAGAAACAAGAGAUUGCUAGUAUUACUGAGAAGGAAAUUGAUGAAGUCCGCAAUGGCUACAAACCUGUGGCCCAUCAUAGCAGUAUUCUGUUCUUUACCAUUUCUGAUCUUGCCAAUAUUGACCCCAUGUACCAGUACAGUCUCAACUGGUUCAUCAACCUUUAUCUACAGUCAAUCUCCAACAGUACUCCAUCCAAUGAUUUGGAGGAAAGAAUUGAAAACUUGAACAACCACUUCACAUACAGUAUAUACCAGAAUGUCUGCAGGUCCCUCUUUGAGAAAGACAAGCUUCUCUUCUCAUUUCUUCUCUGUAUAGGCCUGUUGAAGGGAAAGGGCCAAGUAGAUGACCGUGAGUGGAGAUUCCUCCUGACAGGGGGUGUAGCUUUGGAGAACCCAUUCCCCAACCCUGCCAGUCAGUGGCUCAUAGAGAAGUCAUGGGGUGAGAUCGUUAGGGCAUCAGAUCUACCUGCCUUCAAUGGUUUCAUGGAGCACUUUAGAAUGAAGAUUCACGAAUGGAAGGAGAUUUAUGACUCACUGAAACCUGAAGAAGAGAGUCUUCCGCAACCUUGGAAAGAGAAGUUGAAUCGUAUAGAAACUCUGAUCACCCUACGCUGUCUGAGACCUGAUAAAAUGGUGCCAGCAGUACAGACUUUUAUCGUGGAGCACAUCGGACAGAAAUACAUUGAGCCGCCAACUUUUGACCUUUCUCUAAGUUACAGCGAUUCGCAUUAUUUUUCACCCCUGAUUUUCGUGCUCUCCCCUGGAGCAGAUCCAAUGGCAGGGUUGUAUAAGUUUGCGGAAGAAAAAGGGUAUGGAGGUAACAGACUUCAGACCAUCUCUCUAGGACAAGGCCAAGGUCCCAUUGCAGAGAAAAUGAUUGAAUCCGCAAUUGAAGAUGGGACAUGGGUUGUACUACAAAAUUGCCAUUUGGCAGCAUCGUGGCUUGGUGAACUUGAACGCAUCUGCGAGACUGUCAUAACUGACCCCAGUCGUGUGAAGGAAACCUUCCGUUUAUGGUUGACGAGUUACCCAUCUCCUGAUUUUCCCGUGUCUGUGCUACAGAAUGGUAUUAAGAUGACAAAUGAGCCUCCAAAGGGACUCCGAGCAAACCUUUUGCGAUCUUACCUCAAUGAUCCGAUAUCAGAUCCAGAAUUUUUCAAUAGUUGUAAUAAACCAGCAGUAUUCGAGAAAAUGUUAUUUGGGCUGUGUUUCUUCCAUGCUCUGGUGCAAGAAAGGCGCAAGUUUGGACCCCUUGGAUGGAACAUUCCCUAUGAGUUCAACGAGUCAGAUCUCAG